AUGGGAGAUAAAGAUGGAUGGGGUUGGCCACCAACUGGGGCUCCGUUUAAUAUACAAGCAGAAGAUCAUUGGAGGCACUUUGAUAACUCGGUCAAUGCAGUUUCUUUUGGGUUUGUUGCCACUGCCAUUCUCAUCUCAAUGUUCCUUGUCAUGGCCAUUUUUGAAAGAUUUCUCAGACCCACCUCGCCGGCUUUGACCCCGCCGGCUGGCCGGAGGUUUGGAGACAUUGAGUCUCAGAUGGGUUUCAGUCCAAAGCUUGGUCACCCAUCACCAAAA